GAUCAGUGAUGAGUCCCCGUCUGUAUUUUAUUUUUCAAUAAAGUAAUAACUCUAUCCACAAAAUCCUGGAGAGUUGUUCUCUCUCUUCUCUCUCAGGUGUUAAGAUGAUCAGACUCCCAUCCAAUGGUGGGAUCCCAUUUCUUCAACUUGAUCUAUAUUUACAGUUUCACUCACAGGACCCUCCCUCCCUUUGUGUGAAACGAAUCUUAUAGAUGAUGAGGGAAACAAGUAGACGCAUUUCUGAUUGGUGGAAUCUCUAUUCAGAAAGACUCCAAUGCUCACUACCAAUUUCAUGUUUAUCCACCAAGAUUUGUUUUCCUGCUUGAGAAAAAAAGUGAACGGGUAAGAUCUGAAGUUUGAAGUCUUGAUUUUGGCCAAUGAUCCGAAGACCAAUUGGUUUGGGGUAGGUGGGAAGGUUUAUCCACUUAUGUUGGGUUUCUGCCUGAGAGGUCUCAGGAUCGAUUCUUGCGGGAGCGAACUGUGACACCGGUUCAAACUGACAAUAAUAUGCCAACCGCUUGAUUCCUACUCGUGAUCUGGGUGAUCAAAGGCCAAAAAACUAACCGGGUGAUCUAGCCGUAAAAAAAAAAAAGUCUUGAUUUUGCAUAAAGUUGACCACUUCAAAUCAUUUUUUUACUAUGGAAAUUCACAUCGUUUUUAAUUGGCAAAUUGAAUUUUAACGAUUUUAAUUUAUAUCUGGCAAUUUAAGCGGUGACACUCCUUGUUUUCACUCUUGUUGUCAAGUUCUUUAUCUAUUCCACAACAUAAUUCCUUUUUCUUUAUUGUAUUUGUUUUUUUUAUUGAAUUCAUAUAUAAUUACUCGUAGUUUCAAGAUUUGGUACAUGUGAGCAUUUGAAUUAUGAUCAUAAGUUGGCAUACCUGUUUCAACCGUAGUGCGCUGCAAGUGUUUUGUGUAAGUGGUUUUUUGUGUAAGUGUGUGACUGGUUUUGGUUAGAAAAGUGGCGAGUUGCUUUAGAAGGUAAAGGCUUAAGAUUUAGACAUUCAAAGACCGAGUACGGUGAUUUUAGUGGAAAAGUCAACCGCGGAGAUACUCAAAUCACCGUUGGUGGUCAAGUGGUGCCACAGGUUACUAGGUUUAAAUAUUUAGGAUCGUUUGUAUAAAAGGAUGGGGAGAUAGAUAGUGACGUUGCCCAUCGUAUCCAAGUUGGCUGGUGUAGGAGGAAAGCAGCCGCUAGGGUAUUGUGUGACAGGAGGUUCCCAACUAAAUUAAUGGGAAAAUUUUAUAAGGUUGCAGUUAGACCUGCUAUGUUAUAUGGAACGGAUUGUUGGGCUAUCAAAAGGACGCAGACAUGCAAGAUGGAGGUGGCAGAAAUGAGGAUGCUACGGUGGAUGUGUGGGCACACAUGGCUAGAGCGUAUGAGAAAUGAGGUUUUUAGGGAAAGACUAGGGGUGGCUAGUAUAUCAAGUAAGAUUAAGGAGGGGAGAUUGAGAUGGGUUGAGCACGUGAAGAGGAGGCCGGUGACGGCACCGGUUAGACCAGUGGGCGCCCUUUGUGUAGAGGGUAGGAGGAGCAGAGGAAGGCCCAAGCUAAUUUGGGAGGAGCGGAUUAUGCAAGAUUUGCUAGAGUUGCACCUUUCUGAGGACAUGGUACAUGAUAGGAGUUCGUGGAGACGUAGGAUUAAGGUUAAGGAUUUUUAGGAGAGAGUGAGGAGGUGUCUGAGAUUUUUUGGUUAGGGGUUAAUAUUUCCUACUUUUCAGGUGGACUUUACAUGUGUUUAUCAUCUUGUGUGUGUGUGUGUGUGUAUAUAUAUAUAUAUAUAUUGUUGUAGGGGCUAUAGCUGUGUCUAUUCUUUUAUGUUAGUCGGUUACCACUUAUUCUGUGAUUGGUGGAGUCCUAUUGAUAUAUCUGUAGUUCGCAUUGUUUGCUUGAUGUUAGGUUUCGAGCCGGGGGUCUUUUUGGAAGCAGCCUCUUUAUCUAUAUGGAUAGAGGUAAGAUUUGCCUACUUCCCACCCUCCUCAGACCCCACCAAUAAUUUUGCUAUUUAUGAGACUUACUGAGUACGGUUGUUAUUGCUUUUAGGAAUAUGUGGUGUUUUUAUAUUCUCAUUGGAGAAAUCUUAAUAUUUUUAUCUUUUAGAUGGAUAUAUACGUUCUUGAUUUUUUUUUAAUGUCUAGAUUUAUUUACGUAUUUGAGAAAAAGUGAAUAGAUAAUUCAUUUUUACGGUGGAAAUUAUCGUUUUUUAUUGGUAUAUUGGAUUUUAAUAAUUUAAACCAGGAUGCCGUGACAUAAUAAUCUAUACCUGCAAUUUGAACAACGACACUCCUGUAACUUCCAUUUUCGUUGUUAAGAACAAUGCCACUCUAACGGAAAAGUAACUCCAUCUACCCUAAUGAAUAUGUACGUUUUAGAUGGAAAUUGACAUUCUUGAAUAUGUUUUUAGUGUGGGUAGGUUUAUCUUUUUGUUUGAGAAAAAGUGAAAUGGUGAGAUUUGAACUUUUGAAACUUUAUGUAAAUUGUCUUGAUACGACAUAAAUGAAACUCAGUGACAAAAAGGAGUUACUUCUCCAUUAGAGUGAGUUUGUUCUUGGCAACGUAAGUGAAAGUUAGGAGAGUCAUUCAGUCAAAUUGUCGGUAUGGAUUAUUAUCCGUAAAUGCGUCAUACGUUGGAUUAUUAAAAUCCAAUUCACCUUUUUAGUUUUACAAAUUGUUCAAGACUUAUGUAAUGUUAUCCAGUUACAUUUUUUUAAAUACAAUAGAGCGAAUCGGUAGGUAACAAAGAGAAGCCAAACACUUUCGUGUCGAGUUGUUUUGCAUUGUUACAAAAACAUUAUCAUUACAACAACAAUCAAAGAGUUUGGUGUGUGAAUAUAAAUUCAAAAAAAAAAAAAAAAAAGUUUAUAGAAACUGCAGGUAGAAAGUGAAGUUUGGUGGAAAGAGGGUGAAAGUAUGGUAUGGGAAAAUUGUGUCUUUAAUAGGCUAGUUGUGAAAAAUGUCCAGGUUCUCUUUCCUUGUAUGAAAUACUAAUCAAAUUGGUCAAUUAUUAUUAUCAGAAACAUUGGCAUAGAUACAAACCAUAUAUGAACACUUGCACACAUGUAUUUAUGUGAAAUAAAGAAUAGUCACAACAGCAAUGAAGGGUUUUCUGUCAGUUUCCGUUGCCUUCUGCCGACGUUUAUGAGGUUGGUCCCCUCCUACCGUCGUUAAUGGUUUUGAUUUUAUAAACUAACACAUUCCGAAUAUAAAAGUUAUAUAGUUUUCGUAUAUGUCUAUUGCUUGUUCACAUUUUCUUAUAGGUUUCGAAAACAGCAUUACAUUAUGAUCUAAUACCACAAGGGAACUUGUUUUCUUUGGACGACUUGUGACACGUCUGUUCCUUAGAUGGUUUUAUGUAUCAAAAUGCAUUUUGGACGACUUGUGACACGUCUGUUCCAUUUAUGCUAAAGUAAAUUAAGUUUUAUAAUAACUUAGUGAAUGAAACUCUUAUUAAGAUACAAGUCAUACAGGCAUGUAUAAUCAGAGAUUCAGAUCAUGGAAACACUAUACACACAUAAAUCAUUCACAGUCACACACACAUAACAACAUGCAUAUGUAAAUACAAACAUACAUAAGUGAGUUGUGUCAAUACCUGUAAAUAAAAUAGGAAAGAAGGGCAAUAUUAGUUUAAUAUAAGGAAAGAUGCAAGAACCUAGUUGUUUGCCAAAAUAGGAAAAGUUCCAAAACAAUUUUACUUUUGGAUAUUCUUUUCAUAACCGGACCGGACCAUGAGCUGGACACGCCACCAGUUUGGUACGUAUAAACCGGCCUGUUUUGGGCCGGCCGGUUUUAGCGAGUUCCAAACUUCUAGGUGAACAUGUAUCCCGGGUUGUGACCGGUGAACCGGUAGAGCGACCGGUUCGAUGACUGGUCCGGUUUUUAAAACAUUGCUUUUAUGUUACGGAUAUAAUAACAUAAACAAAUAAGGGAACUUGCUAGACAGCUAUUUAUAUCAUUCAUGAGACUCUGUGGAUCUCUGCAUUUUUCAUUGUGUAGUUCUUGCUUUUCCAAUCAAAAUCAAACCCCUUUUCUUUGCAUUUCACAACUUCCCAUUUAGAAAGUGAAUUUAGAUUCCUAGAUAGGGUUCAUGAGGGGUAGAAGUAGAACAUCUUCAAAACAAAUGGAAACAGAUACAGUUAUCGAAGCUAAAGAAGAACCUCGUCUUUCUGGCGCUUACAUCCGUACCUUAGUCAAACAUUUAACCUCAAAAGAUCCGUUAGACGUAAGUGAAAACAAUGAAUGCUAUAGUAACACACAAAAACCUCAACAAACACCAAUAGAAACGCAGCCACCACAACAACCACAACACAAGAAACAAGUUAGAAGAAGACUCCACACGAGUAAACCGUACCAAGAACGCCUUCUAAACAUGGCGGAAGCACGUAGAGAAAUCGUCACGGCUCUUAAGUUCCACAGAGCAUCCAUGAAACAACAAGAGGCAGCAGCCAACAAUCAAGCUCAUCAAUCUCCACCACAAUCUACCACAACUGCCACCACAACUACCAACAAGAACUAUUGGCAUAUGCCAACAUAUAUCCCACCACCACCACCACAGUUAUCCUCAUACAAUGACAACCAAAAUUUUGUACUUCCAACUCAAAGCUUAGGAUUAAAUCUCAAUUUCCAAAACUUUAGCAAUUUAAAUACCAACAUUUAUCACAAACCAUCAUCAAUGUCAACUGACUCACCAUCAUCAUCAUCAUACACACCAUCAUCUUCUUGUUCACCAGCUUUAUCUACACCUAUCGGGAAACCAAUAUCGUCGUGUGAUCUACAUCAUGCCAUGGACGAUGAGGAGAUGGAGGAGAUUAGAUCAUUAGGUGAACAACAUCAAAUUGAGUGGAAUGAUACUGUUAAUUUAGUGACAUCAGCUAGAUGGUGCAGUUUCUUGAACACCAUGAAACUUGAAGCAGAUGAAGGGGAUGAGUGUGAUGUUAUUAAUCAGUUUGAUCAAAUUAUGGAGUUUCCACAAUGGCUAAUCAAUGCAAAUGAAAGUUCAUGUCUGCAACAACACUUUGAUCACCAGUUUUCUGAUGCUUACUUUCAAGAUCCUGCUUUGCCUUGCAUGGAUAUAGGUGAAAUUGAAGCAAUGGAUGGGGAGUGGCUUGCCUAAAAAAGAUUGAUUGUUUUUUGAGUAAUCAAUUUGUGGUUGAAUUUUUGUUUAUUUAAAUAUAUUUUGCUACUAGUAUUUUUCUGAGUAAUAAUGUUUGCAAAUUAUAUGGCAGAAAGAAACCGAAA